AUGUAAAAUAUAUUAUUCGGUGGAGCACAAAAAGCAGCUAAUGGAAUAGUUGAUGAGUUCUCUAAAAGACCUUCCAGAGCUCUGAGUUUAAGAGUUCACAAUUAAAAAGGAGAAAAAAAGGGAUAAAAAAAAGCGAAGUUCACUUUUAAACCCGAUUUGCCUUUAGAGUAGUAAUUUGCUCAGUUAGAAGUAUAUUGAAGUUAAUUUUUAGAUAUAUGCAUAACAACAUAAUCGAAGAAGGUUGUAGAUAAAAGGAUUCAAAGGUACAUUUAAGAUUGAGAACUGGAUUAAUAUAGAAACUAAGUUAAGAGAUAUGUAAGGAUUGAAAGCAAUCGGAUUUAUAGAUACAUAGUUAGAUAAAGUUCAUUUAGAUGUAUUAAGCAGAUGGCUUUCUUGGGUGGAUCCAUAGAAAUUAAUUAUUGAAUUAUAACAGAAUGAGCUUGAUAAUGAGGAUAUUGCUGAAUUCCUUUACUUUUUAUUUGAGAGAAACAUUGAUGUCAGAAGUGUAAGCAUUUAACAUAUGUUAGAUAUAUAUUAUGGGUAACCCUGGUAUUUACAAAGGAGUCUUACUAAAAGAAUUGAACGAAUAUUUAUUUAAAAAGUUUGAGAAGAAUAUGAUACAUUAUUAUCAAUUGAUUAAGAAUAAAUAAGCCCUUUCAGUAGCAAUCAUUAGGUUGUUGAGGAGGAAAAAUGAUGAAGCAAAAAGCAAAAGAAUACACAGGGCUGAAGUUAAAAUAGAUUAAACCUAAUAUUAUAAGCUUUAAUUGAAAAAUUGUUUUACAGAUAAGAAUUGGAAAGGCUUUUAAGAUCUUAUACAAACAACAUAUAAAGAGGAUAAUCUCGAACAAUUAACUUAUUUAGAUAUCAGUAACAAUUUUUUAGGCACUCAAAAUGCUUUUAAUAACAUGUGUACCUCAAUUUCUUCUGCUAAAGGUUUACUGGUCCUUAAAAUUGCUAAUUAGCCCUUGAUUCAUAAUUCUUAAACUAUUGAAUUAUUGAUGGGGAAUAGAUAUGACAAUCUAAAGCUAAGAGAAUUUGACAUCUCUGAUAAUAAGGAAAUGUUGGAGAAAACAUUCAAAGCCCUUUCAGAUAAUAUUUUCAAAUUUUGCAAGAUAAUUACAUUUACAGGGAGUUUGCCUUAAUAAUUGUCAACAUUAUUUAAAAUGUUUGUACUGACUGAAGCAUUUGCAGACAAAACUAAAGAAAGUAAAUAACUCUAUAGAGAAAGUAAUUUAUUCAUUUUAUUCAAAUAGAAAAAUAGUUCAGAAAGGACUAUUUAUAAAUUUUAGAUUUAAGUAGCGUUGAGAACUACAAUCGUCAUGAUUUAGUCGAGAAACUACUCCUAAAUACAGUAUUCACAGAAUUUACCAAUAUAAGAACAUUACGUAAUAUUAUAUAUCUAUAUAAUUUCAGAUGUGUAAAAUUUUGAUGUUGGAAGGUGUCAAGGAUAUAUCAACGCCAAAAAGAAAUUUCUAACUUACAUGGAGAAGAAGAAAUAAGAGGAUUCCUUCUUUAAAAAUUAUAAGCAUCCUUUGAAACAUAUUGUUUAUCCUAAACAAUCAUAUAGAAUGGAAGUUUAAACAAAAAAAGAAUUUUUUUAAGAAUAUCUAUUUACAGAAAAAGGUAGCAUUAUUGAAAUAGAAACAAUCGAAAUCCAAGCAAGUACAUUUCGGUAAGCAAAUAGAGCUGAGGGAUUAUAAGAGGCAUGUGCUUCAGUUAUAGAGAAAACAAAUGCCAAUGCAGAUGUUCGAUAUUCAAUCAAAAAAAUAUCUAUGGAUGAUGGUGAUUACCAAAUGAAUUUCCAGACUUUGUAAUGUUUUUUGUGUUUGCCUUCAGUAAAAUUAGAAGAAUUUAAUUAUAGUAAUGACUCUAUGAGAUUUGAAUGGAAUCUUUGGUAUCAAGAAAUGACAUCUUAUUGUUCCAAGCUUCAUGAUGAUUAAUUUCAUAGUUUGAAAACGCUAAAACUUCAAAAUAUUUCAGAUAUAUAUAUCGAAAUCAAUUAAUUUAUUGAACUAUUUGUUUUUAAUCCAAAAAUAUAACUUAAAGAACUUGUUUUGAUUGAUGUUUACACCAGCAAUGAUUAAGAGAAUUAUUAAUCUUUGAAAAGCGUAGUUGAGUAGAAUGGAAAGGUUACACUUGAAAAAUUAGCAUUGGGAGAACUUCAAGAAGGCAAAGGAGAAGAAAUGAUAUUUGAAUAAGUUAUCUUCAAUAAAAAAGUUCAACUAAAAAGCUUAGUAUUGAAAAAUAUAAGGCUCCAAUAAUUUUUAAAUAAAAUAGAAAAAUUAGUAUAAGAAAAUGCAGAUGACAAUCCACUUUAAUUUUUGACUCAUUUAGAAAUUGAUAAAAUUAAUAUAGAGUAAAAGGAAGAUUGGAGAAAAGUGAUUCAGAAUUUUAUAAUUAAUUAAAGACUGUCGCUUUAAAUUUUGACAAUAAAGAAUGUAGUAUUAAACUCACAAUUCUCUGAAGUACUAAAUUAAUUAUUAUUUCCUUUUGAGUAAGAAUUAUUCAACACAAUUAAGUCAAAAAAAGAAACAGCAGGAAUGGUGAGAGAUAUAAAUGAACAAAAUAUGUUGUCAUAAAUUUAAAAUGAAAGUAUAGGGUUACCAUUUGCACUGUAUCAAUUGAAUUAUGAAAACUGUACAAUCUAAGACGAUGUCUUGAGUGGGUUUUUAGUCAUUUGUGAACUAAGGAAUCUCUCAUUCAUCAAUUGUCAAGAUUUUAAAAUUGGAAUCAAAAAGUGCAUGGAAAUUAUCAAACGUUUAUAAUUAGAUCAAUAUUAUUCAUACAAAAUCAAGUCUUUUUCUUGCGAAAGAACUGUAAUAUAAGAUGUUGAAACUUUUCAAUCAUUAAUUAAAGAGAUAGUAUUAAACUCAAAUAGAUAAUUAUUAGAAAUACUCAAUUUAGACAGCUGCGCUUUAAAUGAUGAUAUGAUGCAAGCAUUAUCCAAAUAACUUAUGGCGAUAAAGGAAGAACAGAAAUUAUAUAAUAGGGUCUUUCUCCUUAGAGAUCUGAAUUUAAAUAAUAAUAAUCAAAUUUCGGUGAACUCGUGGCAAUAACUCUGGGAUGUUAUAUUGAACGAAAGCAAAUUAGAAAAAAAGGAAGAAGCGAAUAUGGAACAAUCAAUAACUGUAGUUAACCCAUCAUUAUUAUUAAGUACUUUUGAAAAGGAAAAAGAAAAUAUUAUAAAUGAGACUUAAAAGCUAAUUGAAACCUCAUAAUUAUUUUUAAAAGAAAAAGUACUAUAUAAUUAUAAGAAAUUCACUCCUAAAUUCCCCAAACAAAUAACAAGUUUAGUCAUCAAAAUGGAUUUCAAAAAUCUCAAUGAUAAUGAAUUAAAAUAAUAAUAUUAUCGAUUGAUUGUUGGCUUUAUAAUUCAUCCUGAAAGUGAAUUAAAAACCUUAGAAUUAGAAUCCCUAAAUAUGAUUGUCUUCAUUAAGGCCUGCAUGGAAGCAUUUGAAUUCUCUAAAUAUUAUCUAGAAUCAGCAUUAAAAUAAUCUAAACAUGAUCAUAAAAGUUAAAUAAAAUCUAUAAAGAUUAAAUCAUUAACAGCAAAUGAUGCCGAAAGUACUGAGAAAUUCAUUUAAAUAUUUCUUUGUUCUACCCAUAUAGAAUUAAGCAAAUUAUCUAUAUUUGGUUGUACUUAGCCUAUUUUACAUUUAAUUCUAAAGAACAUUGACAGAAAAGAGGUUUAUCAAUUAGAGGAAUUAUCUCUUCCAGAUCUUGAAGAAACUUUAGACUUAGAUGAUACAAUAAAUUAUUGUUAAUGGUUAGUAUUUGGUUAAAGAAUGCCUAUAAAAAAUCUAAGUAGUUGUCCAAAUUUAGCAGAUAUGAAUUCAGAAUAAUUUGAUCAAUUCAAUCUUUCAAAAGUCAAAGUAGAGUCUAUCAAUUUAAAAUAUAAAUAAGAUACUUCUAGCAAUAUUAAAUAAUAUAGUCUUCUUUUAGCUAAAUUAAUUUUAAGUGGACUGUAAGAAAUAACUAUUGAUAAGUCUGAUACCACUUCAAUUAUUGUUGAAACCUUAAAUAAAGUCCAAAAUUUUGAUAAUUUGAUGCUCAAAAAAUUAAUUUUUAAAGGAGAUCUUAAACUUAAUAAAAACUUAUUUGAAAAAAUUUCUAAAUUAUUUGAGAAAUUAGAACUCUUCUAGGUAUAAAAAUUACUAUUAGAAAAUGAGUUUGAAAUUUAUGACAUAUGCUAGCUAAUGGAUGUGCAUCAAACUAAAAAUCUUAAAUUUGAAAUUAAAUCAGUAACAUGCAACAACCCAAGUGAAUUUUACAAGAAAUUCCUUUUCAACCCUAAUGUUGGCAUUACAGAAAUCAUUCUAAAAGAUCCUUAACUGUUGGAAAAUAAAUUUGAUAUCUAUGAAUUAGGGUAAAAAAUACGAUAUUUCAAUUUAAACAUGGGUUUAUUAUAUAAUUCGAGCACCUAGCUAAAUAUCAAUGCUCUUUAGGUUAUCAGUAAAAUGCUAAUCUAUAAUGAAUCAAGUAAUUUAGAAGAGUUAGUAUUACAUUAGUGCCAUUUCAAACUAGCAGGAAUAGAUGCAUUAUGCAAGUAUUCUAAUAAUUUAAGAGAGAAGAUCAAAAGUGAAGGGAGAGAAAAAUCUGCAACAUUGAAACUAAAAAGAGUUACCCUCUAUUAUUCAUUGUAUAUUGGAGAUGAUGGUGUUCAAAAAUAUGUUAAUGAUCUACUGUAUUUUGAAUAUAUCAAUAUAGAGAGAUUUGAAGUUUUAGUGACAAAUUGGAAUGAUGCAAUGACAAAUAGCCUAUGUUUGGCAGCAUAAAAUUGGUUUUAAUUCUAGAAGGAUAAGUAAAGAUAAUAUUCAACAAAAUACCCUAUAAAAUAUGUAGACAUUGGAAGAAAUGAAUUUAUUGAGGAACAAGAAACCUGGUCAAAUUUUUUAAAGACUUUUGUCUUCACUGAUAACACUCCUGAUUUAGAAACUUUGAAUAUUCAUUUUAUGGCAUUAAAUGAUCUAAAAACAAGGUAUAUCAUAGCAGAAGCUCUCUAAUUUUUCUCCAAAAAACCAUCAAAUUACAAAUUUAAUGUUAAGAAAAUUAAUUUUUCUUAAAAUAAUUCAUUGACUCAUAUCGGAUGGUAAAAUUUGUUUAAAAACUUCUUCUUUCAUCCAAAGGUUUACUUGGAAGAAUUAAAUAUGAUUAGUACAAUGUUAGAUAGUCAAAUAAAGUUAGAUGUCAUAGCCCAAGUAAUAAGGGAAAGAGCCCUUGAUUCUCCUAAUAAAAAAGUGCCUCUUCACACAUUCUUAUGUUAUAAUGUUAGUCUAAAAGAUUAUAUAGCUGACUAUUUAUCUGAAUAACCUCCAAAUUACUAAACUCCUUACGAUAUCCCUGUUGAAAUAGAAUAUAAUAAUAGUCUAAAUUUUGGAUAUUUUGAUGGAGUCCCAGAGGCAUUUGGGGAUAUUUUAUAAAUGUUUUAAAGAAUUCUCAAAAUAAGGUAGAAUAUCGUAUAUUUAAAAGACUGGAAACUCACUAGAUCAAAAUAUUCAUCUUAUCAUUUAAACAUGUGUGAUCAUUAUUUAAAUAUUCUAAAUUAGUAUUAUACUACAAAAAAGAAUGAUUUAAUUGAUAUCUACAUUAGUUUAUAGUCUUUAGAUAAUUUUGCAAAUUAUUUUGGAUACAUUACUGAAUAUCCCGGCUCACCUUACCCAUAUAAUUUAUUAUUUCAAUAAAACUCUUUUAAUUAUUUUAAAGAGAAAAGUUGUAAUAUCUUUAAAAUUAAGAUUAUAUAAACAGAAUUUGCUGAAUUAGAAUAAAUAAACUAAUUUCAAAUUUUGAAUAUAUGGAAUAAUAUUAAACAUAACAGCACUAGUAUUGAUUAGAUAUAAGUUGAAUAUGAUUUAAACGAUGACCUUGUAGAUGAGAUGUUUAGACAAGGCUUCGAUGAAAGAGAUAUAAUUUCUCUAAUUAGAUUGAUUCCUCCUUCAAAAAUUCGAAUCUAGAACUCUCUUAGUAUUUAAGCUAUAAAAGGAAUAUACUCUAUUCUUUACGACACUUAUUAUUUUAAAUAUGCAAUGAUAAGUUAUAGUUUUGAUAACUUCCUCAAUAUUGGUAUUGGUUACUCACUAAGAGAAAUAUUUUAUAACUAUAAGGCUGUUGGGCCCAUUCGCAAAUUCUUUAAAAUCACAUUUUAUAAGUUCUUUAACUUUUUUGUUAUUCCCACUAAGAGAUACAUAUUUAAUGACGAAGUAAAACGAUUAAACGAUUAUUUAUCCUAACAAAAAUUCUACUUUUUUGUUAUUGUCAUUACAAACUUAUUAUUUUUUGUGAUAACUUUAGCUGGACCUUAUUUACUGACUUAUAAGUUAUUAGAUAGAGACGCUUCUUAAUUGACAAAAAAUUAUAUCUGUGCUAAUGGAACAAGCAAAGAAGCCUCAUACUUAUAUUACGCGUUUGCUGUCAUUACACUUAUAACUGAGGCAAUUCUAUAUUAUAAAGUGGCUUAAAUAGUUCCAAAUCAUACUUAAAGAAUAAUUGUUAGUAAAGUAACAAAUGAAAAAGAAGAAAAUGAAGAAAAUUAAUAGUAGCCAGAUGGAUAAAUCCAAGAAAAACAUAAUAAUAAGAUACUCCCUGCAAGUGAAGAAGACGCUAGCAUGCUUAAAAAGUAAAAGUAAGCUCAAAAUCAAAAUCAAAGCCAAAACUAUGACAUGGGAGGACAUAAUAUUUUGUAAAAAAUGGCUACCGCUGUUAAUAAGAAGAUUACUUAAUAUGCUGGUAAAUUUACGACUGCAGUCACUGCAUAAGCAGAAGAAUUCACUUAAUCAAAAUGGGGAAUCUUAUUAAGUUAUGGAAUAACUUUACUAUCUUCUUAAUUAUUCAAAUUUGAUUUAUAUAAUGAUGUUGUCUUCAUUCUAAAUGCUUACAAUUGUGAAGAAUUCAUCGUAUUUAUUUUAGCGCUUAUUACGACUGCAUUCUCAUAAGGAAUUUACAUUUUGCAAUUCUUUUACCUAAUUGGUGUCAGAGUAGUUUAAAACUAAAAAACUGCAAAAUUGCUGUCAAGCAAAUUUAUUAACGAUUUCUAUGCUAUCAGUUUUCUUGGUAGAAAUGCAGCACUUUCAACUCUCCUAGAUUCUUCUGCUCCUUUUAAUGUUAUCAUCAUUCCAAAUACAAGAAUAGGAAGAUAUUUUCUCCCCCAUCAUGCUGGAAAAGCAAUGAGCAAUUUAGUUAAAUCCUAUUUCUUUUAAUUUUUAUGUGAGGAUUUACCUUAAACUUUAUUAUAAAUGUAUUUUGUUGUUAGUUAAGCCAUUAGAAGAACAAAAGAGCUUUAGGUGUAAGUUUAUAUUUCUAUUUGUACGGCUAUCCUGACAGCUUUAUUAUCGUUUUACAAGUAAAUUUUAUUAAUUAUCUCUUAGAUUUUUAUCAAUUAGACCCACAAAUUUAUUGUAAGAAAAUUUUGAUGAAUUGUCAUCCAAACAAUGUGGUGGAUAUAAUUAAUAAAUAUAAAAUUGCUUGCAGUAAGAAAAUGAUCAGAUUAAAACUUAUAUUGAUUUAUACAACACUGCUGAUUAUGAAGUUGUCAAUGUCGAGUAAUCAUAAGAGGAAAGACAAUCGUUAUUGAAUUGA